UAGCAUCCUAAUAUGCACCAACAAACACAUUAAGUAUUCUCAUAAGAACAAAGGAAAGACAAAGAGAGAGAGAUGGAGAACUUUCCCGUGAUCAACUUGGAGAAUCUCAACGGUGAGGAGAGGAAAGCUACCCUGCACCAGAUUGAAGAUGCUUGCCAGAACUGGGGAUUUUUUGAGUUGGUGAAUCAUGGAAUACCCCUUGAACUUUUGGAUACGGUGGAAAGGUUAACAAAAGAGCAUUAUAGGAAAUGCAUGGAGAAGAGGUUCAAGGAGGCAGUGUCAAGCAAAGGGUUAGAAGAUGAAGUAAAGGACAUGGAUUGGGAGAGCACCUUCUUUUUGCGCCAUCUCCCAACCUCCAACAUCUCAGAAAUCCCUGAUCUCAGCCAAGAGUACCGGGAUGCAAUGAAGGAAUUUGCACAGAAGUUAGAGAAACUAGCAGAGGAGUCGCUAGACCUGUUAUGUGAAAAUCUUGGAUUAGAGAAAGGGUACUUGAAGAAUGCAUUUUAUGGAUCAAGGGGUCCAAAUUUUGGGACAAAGGUAGCAAACUACCCUGCAUGCCCAAAGCCAGAGUUGGUGAAGGGUCUUCGUGCACAUACGGAUGCGGGUGGGAUUAUCCUUCUCUUGCAAGAUGACAAGGUCAGUGGCCUUCAGCUUCUCAAAAAUGGCCAAUGGGUGGAUGUGCCUCCAAUGCGCCAUUCCAUUGUUGUUAACCUUGGUGACCAAAUUGAGGUCAUUACCAAUGGGAGAUACAAGAGUGUGGAGCAUCGUGUGAUUGCCCAAACGAAUGGGACCAGAAUGUCCGUAGCCUCAUUCUACAACCCUGCCAGUGACGCUCUUAUCUACCCUGCACCAGCAUUGUUGGAGCAAAAGGCAGAGGAUACAGAACAAGUGUAUCCAAAAUUUGUAUUUGAGGAUUACAUGAAGCUCUAUGCUACACUCAAGUUCCAGCCUAAGGAGCCCAGAUUCGAAGCCAUGAAGGCAGUAAACUCAUUUUAGACUAUUUCCAACUCCAUCACACCUUAACAGGAGCUAUACCUAUAUAAUAUACUGCCAGAAGAAUUUUUAUUGAUUUCGAAAUUUGAAGAAGAAAAGAAACAGCAACGAGGAAACCAUUAUUUGUAUUCUAAUUAUUCAAUUUCUUAUUACAACAGGUGAUUUGAUUACUUCCGUUUUAAUAAAUAAUGAAUUAUUCUGAUAAGAAGCAAUUAAGCAUUGUUUUUCCCUUCUCUCAUGUGUUUGUUGGGUCUAGUCGAUUUCUAGAUCUUUUAUUUGCUCCAUUUUUUUUGAGAAUAAGAACUGAGGUUCCAAAUUGCCUGCUACGAUCAAAGACUGUUUGUACAUUGUAGCAAUGGUUUUAACUAAUGGAUUACGGUUUGAGCUUAAA